AUGGAAUUUGAGAGGAUUACAGUCACAAAAAGAGGACUUGAAGUGUAAUAAUAACUUAAGCAGAUACUUGGGUUUAAAGAAUACAAAUAAGCACGAACUAUAAGAAAGAAGGGUAGAGUAAAAUAUUUAGAAAAUAUGAUAGACUAGAGUGACAAUAUUUUGAAUAAACAACAAGAAUAAGGUAUCUGUAAUCCUGAUCUUUUGGAACCUAAAGUAGAGACUUCAGAAUAGAUUCAAUUGUUUCUAACAAAUAGAUUCAAAAAUAAUAGAUAAAAGUAUAUUCAGAAAGAUAUUGGAAAUAAUAGUUAGUCAAAGAAGAAGUUUGGAUGUAGUUUCCAAAACGAAACUAAUCGUUCAUUUAAGUAUUUAGAUUUUAGGUAAAUGUAAUAUCUGAAAACUAAUAUACUGAAGGGUUUUUGUUAACAAAUAAGAGUGAAAAAUGGAAUAUGAGUAAUGAUUUUGUAUUUGGUAAGUGUAGAAGCCUUAAGGUUAAGAGACCAUAAACGAUGAGGAUAAAUAAUUAGCAUAUUAAUAAGCU